GAUGGUCCCUCCGCGACAGAUGGGGGGUUGUCGAUUGGUUUUCGUGGACCCUGUCUCGUGGCGACUACAUUCCUUUAUAAGACAGAUUGAGACAGUGAUGCGCCCACUUACAUCUAUCUUUUGAUUAACUAUCAUCAACUUAAAGGCCCGCUAUGGCAGCUCUGCUUCUGUUCGUCGUCCUGGUCGCGGCCGUCAAUGCCCACAAGAACUUCACCGUCACAGAGGAGGCGUGGUUUGACGUGGAAAUCAAAGACUAUGACGGUAUCGGUGAGGACUACAGGGGCCGAUUCGUCGUCGCCAUGUUCGGAGACAAGUGCCCGAUGACAACGAUGAACUUCCAGUCCCUAGCCAAAGGAUACAAGCGAGGAUCAAAAACUCUGACCUACAAACGAUCCAUCAUCCACCGAAUUGUUCCCGACUUCAUCAUUCAGAUGGGUGACAUCACCGUGGGAGACGGAACAGGAGGAGAGAGUAUCUAUGGCCCCACCUUCGUGGACGAGAACUUUGAGCUGAGUCACAAGGCCGCUGGAUACGUGUCCAUGGCUAACCACGGCGCCGACACUAACGGCUCCCAGUUCUUUAUCCUCCUCAACAAGGCCAGGUGGCUGGAUGGCAAACACGUGGUGUUUGGAAAAGUCAUCAAGGGAAUGGACGUAGUGAGAACAAUCGGAGAGACCCCCACUGAUAGCCGUACAGCCGUCCCAAAGAAGACCGUCAAAAUCAUCGACUGUGGAAUUGUAGGAAUCGAAAAGAAAUACGAACUGACAGAGGCUCAAGCCGAGUCCAAUGAAGACCUGUAAACAUUUAGUCAGAAAGCUACAUCAAUCUCAAUCAUACGUCAUACCAUCAACAAAAAAUAAAGCAUAGGACCAUUAUAACGUGAACUCAUUAAGUGCCUUUUUUACGUCCAGCGUAUGAAAUCUAUCUGCUCAUCAUGUUCCAUGAUGUAUACUAGUAUUUGUAAGCAGCUUUGCUGUGUGUUGUAGUUCUGCAAUGAGUUGUGUGUUUUAUUUCCUGUGUUUGCAUGUAUUUUUCUUAAAUUGCGUAGAUAGGUCUAAAUUAUCGAAUUAUAUUGGCGAGACAUUGGUGCCAGCGAGCCUUCAUCUGCGAUGAAGUUAUAUUAAAGAGAACAAUAUAAAGUCCAAUCUGCGGUACUGUACUUACUACCUUAUGUUGGACUUAGUCAAAAUCUGUAUUCACAAUGGCAGAUGUUAGUUGUGUAAUAAAAUUACUGUGUGAACAUCU